CCCAGCUCUACUGCAAAACGUUUCUGCUUGUCAUUUCGGCCCGAAUUUUUUGCCGCAAAUUGGAGGUAUUUCGCGAAAUACAAUAGUUCCAGGAAGGAAAACCCCUCGAAAAACAGAGCAGCCUGGCACCUAGCAAGCGGUGCAGACGACACAGAAAACCCCGAAGCGAAAACCUUACAAAAACACAAACAUGCCGUCGGCGGAGGUGAGCGUAAACAAAGUGAUAGUGCAUCCACUGGUGCUGCUGUCCGUGGUGGAUCACUUCAAUCGGAUGGGAAAGAUCGGCAACCAGAAGCGCGUGGUGGGCGUCCUCCUGGGCUGCUGGCGCUCCAAGGGAGUCCUUGAUGUGUCCAACAGCUUUGCGGUUCCCUUCGACGAGGACGACAAGGACAAGUCGGUGUGGUUCUUGGACCACGACUACCUGGAGAACAUGUAUGGCAUGUUCAAGAAGGUCAAUGCCAGGGAACGCGUUGUGGGCUGGUAUCACACGGGUCCCAAGCUCCACCAGAACGACAUCGCCAUCAACGAGCUGGUGCGCCGCUAUUGUCCCAACUCCGUGCUGGUGAUCAUCGACGCCAAGCCCAAGGAUCUGGGCCUGCCCACCGAGGCGUACAUAUCCGUGGAGGAGGUCCACGACGACGGCUCCCCGACCAGCAAGACCUUCGAGCAUGUGCCCAGCGAGAUUGGCGCCGAGGAGGCGGAGGAGGUGGGCGUGGAGCAUCUGCUGCGCGACAUCAAGGACACCACCGUGGGCAGCCUGUCGCAGAAGAUCACCAACCAGCUGAUGGGCCUCAAAGGACUCAAUGCACAGCUGCGCGACAUCAAGCAGUAUCUGCAGCGCGUCGGCGAAAGCAAGAUGCCCAUCAACCACCAGAUUGUCUACCAGCUGCAGGACAUCUUCAACCUGCUGCCGGACAUCACCAACGACCAGUUCACGGGCACCAUGUACGUGAAGACCAACGACCAGAUGCUGGUCGUCUACCUGGCCUCCAUGGUGCGCUCGAUCAUCGCCCUGCACAACCUGAUCAACAACAAGCUGGCGAACCGCGACGCCGAGGAGGGCAAGAGCGACAGCAAGGAGGCCGGCAAGGAGAAGAACAAGGAGAGCAAGGACAAGGACAACAAGGAGACCAAGGACGGCAAGAAGGCGGAGGAGAAGGCCGACAAGGGCAAGGACGAAGGCGGCAAGGGUGCGCGCAAAUAGGAGCGGAAGAAAAAGAAGCGCAGGCCCCGCCGCAAGCGAAAGAAGCAGGGGCCGCAGGAGUAGCGGCCUCCAGGAACCGGGAACAACAUCUCCAGGAUGCAGUGGCCUCUCAGAGAAUCAUUCACCGUUCAUUGUCCCCAUUGAAAUCAAGCUCCCUCUUUAUAAUUUCGCCAGCUACGCGUAACUAACUAACGGCAAGUUUAUGUAAUUAAAAAUUAAAUAAUUUAAAUACUCUGA